UGUUAAAUUGAAUCCAAACUUUUGAUACAGUAAACUUGCAAUCUCUCUCUCUCUCUCUAUCUCUCUCUCUAAAAUGCACGUUCUGUGCUCUUUCUUCCGAUGACGUUCUUCUCCAAUACUUCCCCUCAUUGAUCUUCUUCUCCAAUACUUCCCCUCAUCGAUUGCUAGAUCCUUCAUUGAUUCGUUUUCCCCUAAAAUUAACACCACCGCAUUCCAAAUCUGAGGAUUAUUCAUUGUUUAACACCUCGUCUCAUUACCGCCUCCAAAUCCAGAUCCAACUGUCAUCAUCGAUAAUCAUCAAUCGAUAAAUCCUGAAACGAUCCAGGCUUGAUUAUCUUCAAUCAUCAAAAAGAUGAAGGUGUGAUGUGGUUGGGGUUCAAGGCGUCAAAGACGUUUAGUUCUCCUUCCUCUUUCGUCUGUGACGAAGUUGUGAUUUUGAUUUAGACGACUGACGCAAUUGUGGCACACUUCGUUUAAUUUCUAUGGCGGUUCUUCAGGCAUGGUUCGUGGAUGAUAGCCAUGAAGAUCCACAGUUUCCUCAUCAUCGCAAUCCCUAUGAGUUCGUCUCCCCGGAUCACUUAGCAGAAUUGGGCGUUUUGCACUGGAAGCUACCAGAUGCUACAAUUACGUGGAUUUGCUGGAUUUAUGCCCUGAGAAAGUUGAGAAUUAUGAGCAAAAGCUGAAGAACUUCUAUACAGAACACGUUCAUGCAGAUGAAGAGAUACGUUACUGCAUGGAAGGGAGUGGGUAUUUUGAUGUCAGGGAUAAAGAUGAUCGUUGGAUUCGUAUUUGGAUAAAGGCUGGUGAUCUUAUCAUCUUGCCUGCAGGUAUAUACCAUCGCUUCACCAUCGACACCUCCAAUUAUAUCAAUUAUUGGGCUAAAUGAUUUGACUGCUCAAGUCAGCAGACUAAAAUUUGAGUAUACAACACUCACUGAAGAAUCCCGUGAGAUUUCAGCGCUAUGAAGGGGGCUAACUAUCCCUGAUUGGAGCUUUUUUCAUGGACUUUCUAGUAUAUUAAAGAUUUUGAAGAAUUUUUGGAAAAUAUUGAUGAGAUGAAAAGCGAUAAAUUGAAGAAAAUAUGGAAAUCUUGAUAUGAAGAAAUGAUAACACUAUGAAUCUUUGUAGUUUUUUUUUUAUAUUUUAUUUUGUAUCGAGUUAAAUACUUGUAGUAUUAUGUUUAUAGAUUGAUUAAUAAAAAUGAGA